AUGGCUCAAUACCAGGGCCCCAGCCAGCAGCAGUACCCUGCAGCGGAGGGCCAGCGGGCCCCUGGGGGGCCCCCGGGGGGCCCCCAGGGGGGCCCCCAGCUGUACGCUGUGGGCCCCCCGCCCCCCGCGGCCGCCUACGGGGCCCCCGGGGGGUACCCGGGCUACGGGGCCCCGGGGGCCCCCCCCCCCUAUGGGCCCCAGUAUGGGGCCCAGUAUGGGCCCCAGUAUGGGGGGCCCCCCUACCCUGCUGCUUGUGGGGGCCCCUACGGGGGUAUGGCCCCUCCGUACCCUCCAGUGGCCCCGGCCUACCCUGCUGCUGGUGGGGGCCCCUCUCCAGUUUACGGCAAGCCGGCUGGCUCGACUCCUGGAUCCAUGGAAAUGGGGUCACCUCCACCCCCCUCCGAUGACACAAAAAUAACAGACCACAUUAGUGUGCAGAUUCGCCACGCCUUUGUCCGCAAGGUUUUGGGCAUUCUCGCCGUGCAGAUCCUCUUCACGUUCGGUAUCGCCUCCGCCUUCGGCUUCGUCCCAACGCUGAGGAAUUUUCUGCUGCAGAACUACUGGCUGGCAAUUGUUGCUGCAGUGUGCGGCUUGGUGCUGCAGCUGGUGCUGGUUUGUGUGCCGGACUUGGCGCGAAAAGUGCCAAUGAACUUUAUUCUCAUGACUCUUAUAACUGCUUGCUACGCCGUUCUUAUUUCUUGUGCUGCUGCUGCUUCUUCUUGGCAAAGUUUCUUAAUUGCCAUCGGCUCCACCUUCGUCGUCGUCGUUGGCCUGAUGCUCUUCGCCUGCCAAACCAAAUACGACUUCACCGGCUGCGGCACUUACUUGUUCGUGGCGGUGCUGUGCCUCAUGAUCUUCGGGAUCUUGAGCAUUUUCUUCCACAAUAAAAUUGUUCAUCUUGUUUACUCGAGCAUCGCCACAGUUUUGUUCUGCAUGAUUUUGCUGGUCGUGGGGGGCAAACACCGGCGCUACCAGUACUCCGUGGACGACUACAUCUUUGCGGCGCUGACUCUUUACAUGGACAUUAUAAUUAUAUUUAUGAACAUUCUGGCAAUAGCAGACAACUCUUGA